UUCCUGUAUCGGUGUUGGGUGGGACAGUCACACACAGCGGAAGCGGCGGCUCGCAGCGUCGACAUAUUCAUUUUGCCUGCAAGAUUUGGGACAUAUUGCGCCAAAAUGCCGGCUUACCACUCAAGCCUGAUGGAUGCAGACACCAAACUGGUGGGGAAUAUGGCAUUGCUGCCUCUCAAAACACAGUUUAAGGGUCCUGCUCCUAAAGAAACCAAAGACACAGAUAUUAUCGAUGAGGCCAUCUACUACUUCAAAGCCAAUGUUUUCUUCAAGAACUAUGAAAUUAAGAAUGAGGCAGAUCGAACUUUGAUCUACACCACUCUUUACAUCUCUGAAUGCCUCAAGAAGCUCCAGAAGUGCAGUUCAAGGGGUCAAGGAGAGAAGGAGAUGUACACGCUGGGAAUUACCAACUUUCCCAUCCCCGGAGAACCUGGCUUCCCUCUGAAUGCCAUGUAUGCUAAACCCUCUAACAAACAGGAGGAUGAAACGAUGAGAGCUUACCUGCAACAGAUCCGACAGGAGACGGGACUGAGAUUGUGUGACCGUGUGUUCGACCCUCAGACAGACAAACCAAGCAAGUGGUGGGUGUGUUUUGUGAAGAAACAGUUCAUGAACAAAAGUCUGUCUGCACCUGGCCAGUAAGAAACCACGCAGGAUCUCUCUUGGUGUUUCUGCGUGGGAUGUGGAUGGAUUUUUUUCCUUUAAUGUGUAUGCGAGUGUGUUUACCCUGAGAUUUUUUUUUUACUGCCGAUUAUCAAGUAUAUUUGAUUUCUGGCCUGUCAUAUGAAACAGGAGCCGAUCAAAUAAAAAUCUGUUAAAGAGAAACAGCUAGGCGAUAUCUCUCAUUUCUAAGUUUUUCCAUCUAAUAUCUAGUAUUU